CCCCGUUUUCCGAUUUGGAGAAACCGAACGCGACUCAGUUUCAGAACGUGGUGCCGCCGAGUCAUCUCGGGGCUUGGAUUCCGGUUCCUCUCAGUAAAACUCGGCCAUGGCGUCACUUCACACCUCCAUUUCUCCUCGUAGCCUACUCUCUCUGUCGAAACCCAGAAAACCCACCUCGAUUUCGCCGCCGGUUUUCUCUCCCGCCGCUCAGAAACCACCCCGAACCCAGGUUUUCCCGAGAAACAAACAGAUUAGCAGGGUCCCAUACGCUGUGGUCCGCGACGAGCUCGAUGUGAUUCCGGUGCAGAGCGGAGACCGUACGGACCAGCAGGAAGGAGUUGUGGUUGUCGGCGGUGAGGCGGAGAGGGAAGGGAGCGACGCUCAGGUGGCGGGAUUCGGCGGCGCUGCGGCGGCGGGCGAGGGAAGGUUGUCGUUUGAAGGGUUUUCUUCAUCGGCGGUUGUGACAGAUGACGGAGAGGAGAGGAGGAGAGAGAACGAGGAGAUGGAGAAGAUGAUUGAUCGGACCAUCAACGCUACGAUUGUUCUCGCAGCUGGUUCUUACGCCAUUACCAAGCUGCUCACCAUCGAUCAUGAUUAUUGGCAUGGUUGGACACUAUUCGAAAUACUAAGAUACGCUCCUCAGCAUAAUUGGACCGCCUACGAAGAGGCAUUGAAGAGAAACCCAAUUCUUGCCAAGAUGGUUAUAAGCGGAGUUGUCUAUUCCCUUGGUGAUUGGAUAGCGCAGUGUUACGAAGGCAAACCUCUGUUUGAAUUUGACCGAGCCAGAAUGUUGAGAUCAGGACUUGUCGGCUUCACUCUCCAUGGCUCCUUGUCCCAUUUCUACUAUCAGUUCUGCGAGGAGCUUUUUCCCUUCCGAGAUUGGUGGGUGGUUCCCGUAAAGGUUGCGUUCGAUCAAACGGCUUGGUCUGCCAUUUGGAACAGUAUUUACUUCACGGUUCUUGGUUUCUUGCGGUUUGAAUCCCCUAUCAGCAUUUUCAAAGAGUUGAGGGCAACGUUCUUGCCUAUGCUAACCGCCGGCUGGAAACUGUGGCCAUUCGCUCAUUUGAUCACUUACGGGUUGAUCCCUCUUGAACAACGGCUUCUGUGGGUGGACUGCGUGGAACUAAUCUGGGUCACGAUACUUUCGACAUACUCGAACGAGAAAUCGGAAGCCAGAAUUUCAGAGGCUGCCAUUGAUCCCACCUCGAGUUCUACAUUCACGGAUCCCUCAAAGGAAUAAAGAAACAGAUGAAAUGAAGUCGGAAGAAGCACUCAUGGGUCGGUAUUGUUCAUCAUCACCAUCAUCAAGUAUAUACGGUGUAUAUACAGUACAGAAUCGCCAAGAGAAUGGCCAGAGAAUCUCUGGUUACGGGGCACGGGACGUGUUCAUAUGGAUCUUCGUGUAUAACCCGAGAAAUCACCAGUGUAUAAUAAUAACAUCCACGCAAAUACACCGUAUAGUUUGUUCUUCUCAUACUGUAAUCUCUUCGUCAUACGUUUUAACGUUACAGUGUUUCUGCAAUAAGAGUUUUGAAACAUUUGAUUCUCCAAUGA